AUGCGACCAUACCACAUAUUCCGUACCUGGAUAUGGGAGUUACUUGCUCUCGUACUGGCGAUCGGCCUGAUUAGCGCCAUUACCGCCCUCCUUGCGAUAUAUGACGGUAAACCGGCACCUCAUUGGGGUUUCCGCCUCAACUUCAAUGCACUGCUCGCCCUCCUGUCGACAAUUCAUCGCGCUAUGGUGGUCGUCAUUGUUUCCCAGGUCAUCUCACAAAGGAAGUGGGAGUGGUUUGCAGGAGAUCGCACUCGCCCCUUGGCCGACUUACAGCAAUUUGACUCUGGAAGCCGUGGCAGCUUUGGCGCUCUGCUCCUUAUACCAACCGUCAUAUGGAAGGAUGUGGUGACGCUGAUUGCUGCAAUUGUCCUGCUCGCCUCUUUUCUGGUAGGCCCAUUUGUUCAACAGGCCAGUCGAACGUCAGAGUGCUCAUUUCCUGCACUGGGGAUGAAUGCGUCGAUCCCUUUUGCUCACUAUGUUCCUCGGAGCGGUGGCUAUUACGAUGUAGCUGAAUCGCCUACAAUGGCUCCUGGUAUACCGACACCUGACAUUGCUGCAGCCAUUCUGUCUAGCAUCAUGGCUCCCGAAGGCGUGGAAAAUCAGAUCAACCCUAGUUGCAGCUCAGGCAACUGUACGUUUCCGGAAGGUGAUCCAGAAGGACUUCAAAAUGGGAACAUCGGCGAUGAUAACCUUGUGUCAUACUCUACAGUUGGGAUGUGCAACAUUUGUGCUGAUGUCGUCUCUCUUGUUACUGCUAAGGAUUUGGACGCGACAACGAACGAGACUCGUUACACACUACCCAACGGCUUCAAUUUCACUUACGACAGACCUCAGACUGGUACCAAGGUGGCGGAAAUUUGGCCAACUGAAGACCUCGAAUGGAUGGCAGACCUGUUCACGCCAGAACUAAGGGCUGCAUCUAGGUGGGCCUACAUCAACGCCACUUUCAUGGGAAGAGGGAGAGGCUCCAUCCAAGAUAAUGCCAACUUGACUGCAGUCAUGUGUAGUUUGUACCCUUGUCUACGUACAUACACUGUUUCUAUUACCAACAAUCAGCUCGACGAAAGAGAGAUCAGAUCAGACGUCUUACAGGCUGAUACAAGAGGUCAGGAAUCCAACCCUAAUGGGAUCGAGAGCUGGAGUAGUUCGAACAACCCAUGGUAUCACUACACGGCGGUCAAAGCCCCAUGCCGCAUUGGAGAGAACGUUUACGACGAGGAAACCAUGUCUUCUCUACCUAAUGCAACCAACUUGACUCUAUACAGUCUUGCUAAUACCACGGGAGACGAUUUAACAUCUUUCCGAUAUGAAUAUCGAAAUGUUUCAGCCCCCGAGCAAUGCAUAUAUCGACAGAAUGCACAAUUCGUGCAAGCAAUUUCGACUGUAUUCCAUAAUGAAAUCUUCGUAGGAGACUGUAAUCUCUACAAAGGUCUGCAAUGCUACAAGCACAACUAUGAGAAAAACUCUGGCAUGCUUACAGACCUUGGCGCUGGCGCUGUACUGCGUACGUUAUUCAACGAUGGAGCAAUGCAUUUCCAUAAUGUCAAUUACUGGUUCAACUCAUUCACGAAUGCCAUGACCAGCCGGUUCAGGUUUGAGUACGGCACCAAUCCUUUCAACGACACAAUACGUAGCGCUCUUCUUUCUGAUAGAGGCCUGGAUCCUUCUUUAAGUUAA